AUGGCCACCUGCGAAGUCACCCAGCUCUCCGUCGUCACCUUUCGUCCAGACCUCUCCCCGCCCUACUCGCCGCCCGCGCCGCCAUCGGCCUUUCUCGACGUCGCCGCCAAGCUGCAGGCCGUGCCGGGCGCGCGCGCCUCCUAUCUCGGCUACCAGCUUGAGGACUCGCGCAAAUGGGUCUGGGUCGUCCGCUGGGCCACGGGCGCUGCCCUCGACGCCUUCCUCGCCUCCCCGUCGUACGCCCGCUGGCUCAACUCGCUGCGCGCCGUCGCCGACACCUACGCCAGCUCCCGCGCCUUUCUCCACGGCAGCAUCGCCGCCUCCCUCAACAGCCCCUGCACCGAAGUCGUCACGGCCCUCGAGACGGACCCGGCCUUUGUCGAGGACCAUCUGAAGCCCUUUUCCAGGUGCUUUGAGCGCGAGCCCAUUCCGGGCUACCAUGCGCUCUCGUAUGGACAGUGGCUGCCCGUCGUGCAUGAUGGGGUCGCCCCCCCGGUUGGUCUCUCGGCCGGCAUGUUGAUCGGCUGGGACAGCAAAGAGGCUCAUUUCGCACAGCGUGGCGAAGGAAUGCUUAUUGAUCGCUACAUUCACCACAUCCGCGUCGGCCGCAAAUCAUUAGGCCUGUAUCACGUCAACUUUACUCGUCUCUGA